AUGUCUCAAUCGAACAAUUGGAAAGAAAUAUAUAAUAGUGUUUUAAGUGUUUUUAAUGCCCCAGAGUUGAAAACAGAGUUAAGGCUGACAGAUAUAAAGGAUAUAGAGAUCUCCGGUUGUAAUUUAUUCUUCGACCUUUACGAACAUUUUUCAAAUCUUAACAUAACACCUAAAACUCGAAUCUUACGAAUUUAUGCUGAUGUAGUUCAACUCGCAAAUACUUUAGAAAUUACAUCUUUGAAUGGUGGUGGCGCUAUUUUGAUAGUAGCGAGACGAAUUGAAAUUGUACCGAAAUGUCAACUAAUUAUUAAUUACAACAAAUCUUUCCGAAUAAUAAUAUAUGCUCAAGAAAUGACAUCUGAACUUGAAAUUGUCGCAAAAAAUCAACUAAAUAAUAAUGUUAAUACAUUUAAAUUCGAUAUCGAUGAUUCAAAAGAUAAUAAAAUCGUUGGAAAAUCACUGAAUAUAUUCAGUGACAAGAGCCCCGAAUAUAAAGAUUUAUAUAUAUUUGAUAUAGUUAUUCUUAAAAAUUAUUUAUUCCUUAAACUUUUACGAUACUCUUUACUUAUCGCAAAUAUCUUAUUUUAUGAUGAACCUACCAUUACACGAUCAAUUCUUUCUUGGAUAUACAAAAUAACUGAAUUACAAUCUGGAAUAUCUGAAGAGGAAUCAUAUCAAACGAUUUCAGAAUUAUAUCAUAAAGCGCUUUCGAUGCUAGUACAAUUGGAUACUUAUGAAGAAAGAAGGAAAAAUAAAUUUUCAUUUAUUCCAUUAUUAGAUAAACAAUUUUAUAAAACGGGAGUUGAUGAAUUUAUGAAAUAUGUAAAAUUUUAUGAAAACAAAUAUAUGCAAGUUCUAAAGAAAAAAGAUGAAAUUGACGAAAAGAGAACAGAAUCUGAAUUGUUACUAGAAAAUUCUAACGAUAAAACUGCUUUGUACGAACAUUUAGAAAAGAUUGAAUAUCAACGUCAUGUUUCUGCAUCUAACUUGUUGGAAAAAAUGGAAAACGAGUUAACAUAUUUUAAAGUCGGAAUUGAACAAUGGAAGCUACAAAAAAUCCAUGAUGCACAAAUAGAAAUGUUAAAAGCAGUUAUUAAUUUAGCCGUACGUGUUGUCAACAUUAUUGAAGCUAUAGAAAAGACAUCAAUUUCAGUUCAAGACGCUCUAAAUGCUGCUGAUAAAGUGAAAGAAUUUGUUAAUGAUAACAAAGAUAUAAGUGAAAAAAUUGAAGAAAUUAAACAAAUUGACGAAAAUUUACAAACCAAUUAUAAUAUCGCUGAAGGUCUGAAUAAUAAUGUGACGACAGAGCAAGAAAAAAUAAGUUCUCUGAAUAUUACUGAAAAAAUUCAUUUAAUAAAUUUUGAUAAAUUUGAUAGCCUUAAAGAAGAAGAUCGUAAAGGAAUAAAAAUGAAGCCUACUGAGGAAGGAAUUGAAGGCGCAGCUGACUAUAAAGAUUCAUUAACAAAUUUAUUUAAUUACAUUAACGCAUACAUUAAAGCAAAUAAUGAGAAAGAAAAAAGUUUUAAAGAAUAUUCACGAAUUAAAUUGCAAGUAAAAAUGUUUAAAAGAAAAGAAGAGAGACUCAAUAAGAGGAUUGAAGAUUAUAAGUUGAAAAAAGAUCAAUGUGACGAAUACGCAUUUUCACUACUGGAGUGCUUUAUUAAUAUUAAAUGUUGGAUGCUAACAUAUCUAGAAAAUUAUAGAUGUGCAUACAAAUAUUGGUCUCUUUCUGAAUCUGAAGUUAUGCUUUCUGCUAAAAAAACUACCGCAAAACACAUAAAAGACAAUAUUAAAAUUCGUCAAGAAUUAGAAAGCAAAUAUCAUGAAUUUGGAGGUCCACCACAAAAUUCAGAGCAUACAUUUCGUCUUCCUAAAAAUUAUACCAAAAAAUUUAAGAGAGAUAAAUUUAUUACCUAUGAGAUUCCAUUAGAUUACUUAGAAUUUCGGCGGUUUGAACGUGUUCGACUUGUUAAUUUCGGAGUAUUUUUGAAUGGUGUUGGUUCUAGAGAUGACGAAAUCUCUCUUUAUAUAAGCAAUACAAAUAUGUUUAGUGAUAGAUAUAAAGGGAAACAUUAUCAUUUUAGGUUAGAAUCUGUAAAAGGUCAAGGGUUUAGGUAUAGAGUAUCAGAUAAAAAAAUAUUACAAAAUGUGUCAUUUGAAUCAGAUAUAUAUAUUAUCCCAACACCAUUUAGCCAAUGGACAAUUAAGCUUGAUGAAUGCAAAAUUGAUGAAUCUAUGUCUCUCUGUAUUUAUGGUUUUGUUUUUUUGUGCAACAUUAUUUUGCUAAAAAAAUUAAAAUAA